UUCAUUAGCAACUAAAUGAUGAGCAACGCAGACUUUCUGACUUAUUUUAAUUCAUGUUGCCUAAAAGCCAGAUUCUAAUACUCUGAAUUUCACAAGCCUAUAAUCAAGAAACCAACAAAUGCUAUCAGCAACUUUGGCACAGGUUAGCGCUGCAACUGUGCAUAGACCAAAGGUAUGUACUUUUACAUAAGUGUGUUUGCAUGCAUGUUCUUUUCAUUCCACAAACAGGCCCAGUCUAGAUGCACAUAAACCCAGGGCCCUGGAGCAGCACUGACUUCAAGAAGAAAAAAAAGAACAGAUUCCUUUUUCUUUAAUCAUUACUGCUUAAUAGAACACCUGGCACAAGUACUGGGAGUGUGAACUGCAUGCUUGUUUCUAUUAAUCACACUGUGGGGACACUAAUCUGUUCACACUGCCACAUUAGAGGGAUGCACCUCCCAUCUGGGCUCAACAGCUCAUCUCCAGUUUGACAUCACCACAAUGGCUGAGAUGAAUGGCACACAGUUUCCUGUGAAACAAAUCCCAACCAGCCUCAACACAUCCAGAGACUCUUGGCAGGACGAUGCAAUCAGGGGAGUCCAAAUGGCAGCUACCUUGCUCAUUUUCCUGGUUGGCAUACCUCUGAAUGGGCUGGUGGUUUGGGCACUUGGACUGCGGAGUCAGCGUCACCUGGUACGCAGAGGCAGCGGUGAAGAGACACGUGCCGCCAGCAGUUUCCGUAUCUAUGUAUUGAACCUGGCCCUGGCCGACCUGGUGCUGCUCCUGCGUACCCCCCUCAUGCUUGGCUACCUCGCUCACAACAACAGUUGGCCAUUUGGCAUUGUCUUCUGCCACCUGGUCAUGUUCUUCCGAGGUCUGGGGUUGUACGCCUCAGCUUUCCUCCUCUGUGCUGUGGCUCUGGAGCGAUGCCUGUGUCUACUGAAGCCUGUGUGGGCUCGACUACGCCGCCCCUCCUGGGCUGUUCCUCUGGUUUGUGGCAUCUUAUGGCUGUUAGCAACCGUCCUGUCUGCACCCUACCUCUACAGCGCCACCCUGAAAGAAAUCAACGGGACAUACCAGUGCAUUGAGAAGGGAAAGUUUGACAUGGGCUUGUUUGUCACAGAGACUGUAGCAGGUUUCAUUUUGCCCUUGCUUGUGUUCUUAGGAAGUAAUUUGGCUGUUGUGCUCACCAUUCAUCAAGCAAUGCCCUCAACACCAACCUCAUCCAGCCCUUCAAAUGCUCGCAAGAUGGCAAGGAUGUACCAAGUGCUCUUUUUCACAAUGCUCCUCUUCCUCACUUGCUGGGUACCCUACUUUGUUUGUCGGUUCCUGCGGGCCCUGGCUGACAUACAAUCUGAACUGUAUAAAAGAGCAACUAUUGCAACAUACUACUCUCUGUUCCUGGUGUACAGCAAGAGUGCUCUAAACCCUGUGCUGUAUGUGUUUGCUGCUCGAGGCUUAGGCCGUGCUAUCCGAGCUUCACUGGUCUCCACUAUUGAACGACUUUUCAAUGAUGACUCCAUGGAAUCCAUACGAAGGAAGUCACUUAAGAACUCCCAGAUGUAGCCAAGAGGUCAACAAUGUUGAAAUUUAAUUAAACAAAGGUUAAAAACUUUAAAAUAUACACACGCCUUUGCAUUUUAAAGAAGUUGUUACAUGUAAUUUAAAUUGGUUGACCCUUUUCCAUUUGGGCAAAAAGUUCCACAACUUCUUCAUCUGUUUUACAGUUUUACAAUAGUAAAAAAAAGUCAACUAUACUAUUGACUGUCUUCUCAAUGGAAGAGCGGAGAGGAGGCUGGCGUUGACUAUAUUAUUAUCAUUGCUCACCAGUAACAUUUUUGGAUAUUUUUCUUCUUUACCAUCACUCGGGGACUCCUGUUUCUGUUCAUCGGUGCCACCGUGAAGUAUUCACUUGGACAGCCUCUCAGUUUUUCCUGGUGAAGUCAGUCUCUAUGCCUGGCCCUGGAACCCACAUCUUCCUCCUUCAAUUCACAGAAUGUAACGAGGCCACUCUACAAAUUCAAAUUGCCUCCUUCUCCCCAAGACUAUACUCAGCACUUUUAAGAGACUUUUAAAAAAAGAAAUGUAUUUUUAAUAGAUCUUUUGUCUUUUAAUUAUUUUCUGAUGUUUUAUGUUUGUUUUGUCUUGUAGCACUUUGAGCUUUGCUUUGUAAAUGUAAAGUGCUUUAUAAAUUAAAUGUAUUAUCAUUAUUAUUAUUAUUAUAUUAGAUUAACCAAAAUGUGAACUCUUUAAGCACUAAGGGGCUGAGUUACUGUAAAGCAAGGUAUCCAAUUUAGGCCAGUGUUUCCCAAAUGAGUCUGAAAGCCACAGCAAAUAAAGAAGUUAGUAGUGUUACACUCCAGAUAAGUAGAGAUAUUUUGAUCAAACCUUAAGGAGAGCUUAGUUGGAUCAUAGUUCGAUUACACCCGUUUCCGUCUCUUCACCUCCUAACACACUUUGUGACAGAAAUUUCCCUCCAAUGGAUAAACAUUUAAUUUAGAGACCUGGACUGAUGAUGCCUAGGCAAUUUCAACAUUUCAGAUAAAGACAGAAGAAACAAAACAGUGAAUCAGGCUGGGUUUCUCUACUGCCAGCCAAGAAUAAGAAACUAUGUGGACACGAAUGUCAUUUGACAAAGUUAAUGACUGAGACUCCAAAAAUGCUGCUUCUGUUACAACACGCUGAAGGCUGGACCAUAAUUGGGCAUGUAAAUGAAAUCGUGAAUCAUCUUGUCCAUUUGUUAGUUGGCAGGAAACGCCUUCAUGGUAAAUAACAAGCCAAUGUCAACAUAUCAUACUUUUAUUGCCAAUUCCUUUGCCCCAGGGUAACAUCCCACAUGUGGAGGGCUCAGAGUCAGAGUCAAGGUUGUAUGCUCUGUCUCUGUAUGGUCCAAGGAAUGUAAUACAGGUUGUACCUUAUCAAAAUCAACAAUGACUCAGAUCCACUCCUAGAUGGACGUAAUAAAGUGGUUGCUCAAUGUAUUUCUGUAGACUCUUUAAGGACUGAAACACAACAUGCGGAAAAGGGUCAUUAUCUCAUUGUAAAUGCACCUUUUUAUGCUAAGAUAGCUUUACUAAUGUUUGUUCUUAAUAAAAUCACACAUGUUAAUUGUUCAUACAUUGUUGAAAAAGGGAAAAUCUUAAUUAAUUUGUAGCACUUUACAUUUAUUUCCUUUCUACAUUAAAACAUGA